UACCGAGGCGUGCUCCUCGACUGGACGCAGGCCGGUGCGCCGCCUCCCUCCGAGUUUGAGGCGCGCAUUGCGCCGAGCCUCGAGCGGUGGACGGCGGAGGGCGUCAAGUCGUGCAUGUUCAAGCUACCAAUCGAGAACGCCGGCCUUGCGAGCGUGGCGGCGCAGCACGGCUUCGUCUUCCACCACGUGCCCCUCGACGCGGACGGCCGCCACGUCGUGCUUAAACGCUGGCUGCAGCCGCGGCUCACCGACAAGGUUCCGCCCUUCGCGACGCACCAGGUCGGCAUCGCGGGCCUCUGCAUCAGCGACACGGGAAAGCUGCUCGUGGUGCGGGAGUGGCGGGACGACGCCGAGAGCGGCACGCGGAGCCCUUCGGCGCAGUGGAAGCUGCCCGGCGGCCUCCUCGACCCGGGCGAGUCCUUUGGCGACGCAUCGGUGCGAGAGACGCUCGAGGAGACGGGCGUGCGGACCCGCUUCAGGUCGCUGCUCUGCUUCUGGCACCGGCACGGCCUGACUUGGGGCAAGAGUGACCUCUACUACGUGGCGCGGCUGGAGCCGGAGGGCGGCGGAGAGCCGGAGAUUAACCUCGACCCGGAGGAGAUCAGCGACUGCCGCUGGAUGAGCGUGUCCGAGUUCCUC